UGCCAGCCCCGGCCGGUUCCUGCGCUUACGUCCCGCGGGCGUGUCCCUUAAAUCCCGCACGGGAGCGGCGCGGGGCAGCCGAGCGCCAGCGGAGCCCAGCGCAGCGCUGUCAGCGGAGGAGACAUGGCCUCGGUGGGUCCCUCUGCAGCCUCCACGCAGCCAGCCCUGCCCUCCGGACCCGCCGUCUUCAAAACCAUCCCCUACGCCUUCAUCCUGCCGGAGAUCCUCUGCGGGACCUGGGUGUGGAUCCUCGUCGCUGCUACCUCCGUCUCCUUGCCGCUGCUGCAGGGAUGGGUGAUGUACGUGUCCCUCACCUCCUGCCUCAUCUCCCUGCUGCUCCUCUUAAGCUACCUCCUCGGCUUCCACAGGAACAGCGAGAACUGGAAAGUGCUGGACAGUUUGUACCACGGUGCCACGGCCAUUCUGUACAUGAGCGCCGCUGUCCUGCAGGCCAACGCGACCAUCAACUCUGAGCUCAGCCCCGACGGGCCGCUCAACUACCAACUCAACAGCGCCGCAUCGUUCUUCGCCUUCCUCACGACCUUCCUAUACAUCCUCCACGCCUUCAGCAUCUACUACCAGUGAUCCUGGCAGCACCAGAUUCACCUCUGCAGGACGAGGGCUUUCCCAGUGUGAGAGACCCUGCUGUCUUCCCAAGGUGUCCCUGCCCCAGCCCUGCCACCAGGCCUCAGGAAUAGCAGGUCCUUUUGCACUUCAUCACAGGAGGGAUUUUGCUGGCACACACUGCUGUGCCUGUGGGACAUUUCCUGCCUUGCCUGGGGGCCACG